AUGUCUUUCCAACAUCCAUUGAAAGCCUUCUCGCUGGGAGCUAAAUCAGCUGCAAAUUUAGCAGAGAAAAUAGCAGAUAAUCCUGUAACCAAUAAAACACCUCAAUGCAUGGUAACCUCUAUAUAUCAGAUGCAUGUGUCUGCACAUUGUUGUAAUGUUACAGUUUUAUGGUGCAAGAACCUCAUGAAUCAUUCUCUCAAUCUCAUCUUCAAUAAUCCUGAAGAGGGAGAAAUCUAUUACAGUUGCAAGAUUGACCUUAAGCCAUGGUUUUUCUGGAGCAAAAGAGGGAGCAAAUCAUUUGAUCUACAAGGAUGCCAAGUCGAUAUCCAUUGGGAUUUUCGUUCUGCUAGAUUUUUCGGUAGCCCCGAGCCUUGCAGCGAUUAUUAUGUUGCUUUAGUUUCAGAUGGAGAAGUUGUAUUAAUGUUGGGAGAUUACAAGAAGAAGGCUUAUAAGAGAACAAAAGCAAGACCUGCUCUUGUGGAUCCUACCUUAUUUUACAAGAAGGAAAAUGUACUUGCCAAGAAAUCCUUCUCUACCAGGGCUAAAUUCAAACAAGAAAUGAAACAAGAACACGACAUUGUUGUAGAGAGUUCGACGACAGGGCCUAAAGACCCUGAGAUGUGGAUUAGCAUAGAUGGAAUUGUGGUAAUUCAUGUUAAGAAUUUGCAAUGGAAAUUUAGAGGGAACCAAACUGUGAUGGUGAAUGAGCAACAGGUUCAAAUUUUGUGGGAUGUGCAUGAUUGGUUGUUUAAUGCCCCUGGAGCAGGUCAUGGCUUGUUCAUAUUUAAGCCAGGGGCACCAGAGCCUGAUGAUGACAAAGAUGACAGCCCGAAAGCUACCAGUAGCGAUUCCAGCGACUUAAGCAAGUACUUUUCGACGACAAGCAGUGCACCAACACACGAAUUCUGCCUUUUUCUUUAUGCAUGGAAGAUGGAGUGA